AUGCUUCCUCCCCCUCUCUUCAUCAAGAUGCUUCCUCUCUCUUCAUCAAGGUGCUUCCUCUCUUCAUCAAGGUGCUUCUCAUCCAUCAAUGCAUCCAUCAUGCAGCUUCUCUCUUCAUCAAGGUGCUUCCUCUUCUUCGUCAAAGUACUUCCUCUCUUCCUCAAGAUGCAGCUUCCUCUCUUCAUCAUGCAGCUUCCUCUCUUCAACAAAGUACUUCCUCUCUUCAUCAUGCAGCUUCCUCUCUUCAACAAAGUACUUCCUCUUUUCAUCAAGAUGCUUCCUCUCUUCAACAAAGUACUUCCUCUCUUCAUUAAGAUGCUUCCUCUCUUCAUCAACGUACUUCCUCUCUUCAUCAAGAUGCUUCCUCUCUUCAACAAAGUACUUCCUCUCUUCAUUAAGAUGCUUCCUCUCUUCAACAAAGUGCUUCCUCUCUUCAUCAAGGUGCUUCCUCUCUUCUUCAAAGUACUUCCUCUCUUGAUCAAGAUGCUUCCUCUCUUCAACAAAGUGCUUCCUCUCUUCUUCAAAGUGCUUCUCUCUUCUUCAAAGUACUUCCUCUCUUCAUCAAGGUGCUUCCUCUCUUCAACAAAGUGCUUCCUCUCUUCAUCAAGAUGCUUCCUCUCUUCAACAAAGUACUUCCUCUCUUCAUCAAGAUGCUUCCUCUCUUCAACAAAGUACUUCCUCUCUUCAUCAAGGUGCUUCCUCUCUUCAUCAAGAUGCUUCCUCUCUUCUUCAAAGUACUUCCUCUCUUCAUCAAGAUGCUUCCUCUCUUCAUUAAGAUGCUUCCUCUCUUCAUCAAGGUGCUUCCUCUCUUCAUCAAGGUGCUUCCUCACUCCAUCAUGCAUCCAUCAUCCAGCUUCCUCUCUUCAUCAAGGUGCUUCCUCUCUUCAUCAAGGUGCUUCCUCACUCCAUCAUGCAUCCAUCAUGCAGCUUCCUCUCUUCAUCAAGGUGCUUCCUCUCUUCGUCAAAGUACUUCCUCUCUUGCUCAAGAUGCAGCUUCCUCUCUUCAUCAUGCAGCUUCCUCUCUUCAACAAAGUACUUCCUCUCUUCAUCAUGCAGCUUCCUCUCUUCAACAAAGUACUUCCUCUUUUCAUCAAGAUGCUUCCUCUCUUCAACAAAGUACUUCCUCUCUUCAUUAAGAUGCUUCCUCUCUUCAUCAAGUACUUCCUUCCUUUCAUCAAGAUGCUUCCUCUCUUCAACAAGUACUUCCUCUCUUCAUUAAGAUGCUUCCUCUCUUCAACAAAGUGCUUCCUCUCUUCAUCAAGGUGCUCUCUCUUCUUCAAAGUACUUCCUCUCUGA